GCAGACAAUUGUAAAGCCGCUCCUGGCGGCUCACCUGCUCCCGCCUCCCCGGAGCCCGGGCGCGGCCACUCCUGCCCCCUUGUCUGCCCGCCCCCCGCCGGAGCCCGCGCUGGGCAGGGAGCCGAGCGGGCGGAGAGAGGAUGCGGCCCGCAGCAGCCGUCCUGAGCAGUGCACGCUGACCGCCUCCCCCGCAGGAGGAGUUGCCUAGACCCGUUGCCACAUUUCUUGUUUUCCUCUUCCCGCCCCCCCCCCGUCCCCGUAAUUACAUUGGCUGCUGGAGCGGAUUGGGAGAGACGGAGGAGGCGCCUCGCUUGCCCCCUCGCGCCCGCCACCCCGGCUCUUUCCCGUCCCGGGCCAGGAUGACUGGAGUCUUUGACAGUCUGGUGGCUGAUAUGCACUCGACCCAGAUCACAGCCUCCAGCACGUACCACCAGCACCAGCAGCCCCCGAGCGGUGGCGGCGCCGGCCCGGGAAGCAGCAGCGGCAGCAGCCUCCACAAGCCUCAGGAGUCGCCCACCCUCCCGGUGUCCACAGCCACCGACAGCAGCUACUACACCAACCAGCAGCACCCGGCGGGCGGCGGCGGCGGGGGUUCGCCCUACGCGCACAUGGGGUCCUACCAGUACCACCCCAGCGGCCUCGGCAACGUCCCCUACUCCGCCAAGAACGGCUAUGACCUGGGCUACACCGCCGCCUACAGCUCCUACGCGCCCUACGGAGCCAGCCCGUCGCCCGCCAACAACGAGCCCGAGAAAGAAGACCUUGAGCCCGAAAUCCGGAUAGUGAACGGGAAGCCAAAGAAAGUCCGGAAACCCCGCACCAUCUACUCCAGCUUCCAGCUGGCUGCUCUUCAGCGGCGUUUCCAAAAAACUCAAUACCUGGCUCUGCCGGAGAGAGCCGAGCUGGCGGCGUCCCUGGGCCUCACCCAGACUCAGGUCAAAAUCUGGUUCCAGAACCGGCGAUCCAAAUUCAAAAAGAUGUGGAAGAGCGGUGAGAUCCCCACGGAACAGCACCCCGGGGCGAGCGCCUCGCCGCCCUGCGCCUCUCCGCCGGUCUCGGCCCCCGCCUCCUGGGACUUCAGCGCGCCGCAGCGGAUGGGUGGCGCGGGCGGCCCGGGCAGCGGCGGCAGCGGCGCGGGUAGCUCUGGCUCCAGCCCGGGCAGCGCGGCCUCGGCCUUCCUCGGCAACUACCCCUGGUACCACCAGGCCUCCGGCUCCGCCUCGCACCUGCAGGCCGCUGCGCCGCUGCUGCACCCCGCGCAGACCCCGCAGCCGCACCACCACCACCACCACCACGGCGGAGGGGCGGCCCCAGUCAGUGCGGGGACAAUAUUCUAAGCCCGAGGAGACUGCGCCAGAGACUGAGCCGAGACCAGAUAUCCUCAGAGCACACCCCCAGAGACAGAGGGUCUCCCCAGAUGGUGCGCUGAUGCCUCCCAACCGAGGUGGCGAGCCCCAGGCGGGGGACUUGGGGUGCGAGCAGGGCCCCGCCGGCACUUCUCGGAGGAGCCACUCAGCGACGUGACCUAGGCCGCCCUCCACAGCCGCCUUGCCGACCAGAGCCCCUGGCCUCCCUAGCAGGGCACGGCACGGCGCCUCAGACCUGCUUCCCCGCCCGCCUGGCGAGGCUGUCCGGCGCCUGCCUCGCCUGGGGCCACAGCAGAGACUGGGACCCGGACGCCUCCCCCAUCCGCCAGACUUCCCGGGCGCUCUGAGGCUCCUUUUUCCCACCCGCCCUCAGGCCCCGCUCCAGUCCGCUAGGGUUAUUGACCUCCCGACCCACCCACCCCAGCACACGGCCCUGUGACCCUAGCACCCACACCGCCCCCCCCCCCCCCCCGUUAUUUUGCAGGUCGGCUUUCAGCCCUUGGAACCCUUAGCUUUUCCCCCAGGGACUCUCCCUUAGCUCUCUCUUCAUCCAUCACCCAGUGGAACUUUUAUUUUUUAUUUUUUAAAAGUUUAGGUGCCUUUGCGGAUGACCUCAUUUUGAUGUUGGGAAAAAUGAUUUUUUAAUAUGUGGACACUGCAAAAAAAGUGUGUUUAAAUUAUCUUUUUUAAAACCUAUUCAGGAUUAUUACCCUGGACUUUGACAUAGAGUUUGUAAAUAAACGUGUCUGUGGCGAUUCUCCCCCCAAUUUAUUUGUAUAAAAGUACUCAUCUUUUCAGAGUUAUUUUGUAAACCCCACUUGUGAAAACUGCAGUUUAGAAGCGACCUCAGCAAGCCUUCCAUUUUAUUUUUCCCCCUUUGAAAAUAUUUCUUAAAAUAAGCUACUGAUUUGGAUUUACUUUAUCUUAUCCUAAAGUCUUUGUUCUUGAAAUGAAAAGUAUUUUGGGGUUAUUUAUUAUGAAAACUACAUGCUCUUAAUGUUGAUUUUACAAUAUAAAGAGAUUAUUUAAAUAAAUUAUUGUUUUCAUUGGA